CAUCCUGUACUUGCAAUAACAAUCCAAUAAUACUAUGGUGCAUAGUACGACCGCGGUGGUCUGGUAUUACACAAAGAAAAGAGCAAGUUAAUUAGCAGCUGUUAUUGCUCCCUAAAUGUGCAACUAACAAAGAAUGAAUCAUCCAUCUCCAGCUAAGGCGCUCAGUUUCACUCCUCAAUUAGAAGGACCUCCUGUCAUCCUUUUGAUGAAUUCCAUAAUAAUAAAAACAAAUGUCCUCCUGAUGUCCACCUGUAACGUGCAGGAGAGUGGCAGCUGGCUAAAGAUUUUUUAUUUCUCUGGGUGAACAUAUUUACAGGCAGAGCACACCUGCAGUACCGAGACACAUGGUGUGAUGUUGACACCUGCUCUUUUGUCUGACGCACCUGCAACCUGAUUAACUAAUGAUGGGAAACAGACCUGUAUAAUCGACACGUCUUCUUGCAAGAUUUAGGCUGAGUAAAAACGUCUGUUGUCAUAACAACCCUCAUAAUUGCCAAGUGCAACAAAGUUAGAUUAGCUGCUGAGAUUAACAUAAAUCUUUUAUUAGCACAUUAAAUAUGUAACAGCUCAAACAUCCUAAAACAAGGUACUGAAAAUAAGCAAAGCAAACCGGUAAUGACUGAACUGUGCAUAUGCAUCCAAGUGAAAUGCUCUGUAAUAAUAGUUGUAAAAUGGCUAAACUUGGUUGUAUGAUUAUUCCAAACUGUCAGAACUGUUCUGUAAAAAAGUACUUUUAUUUUUUCCACAUAGAUGUUUUAGAUGAGUAAACAAACCUGAGUAAAAUAAAAGACAGCUUUCAGAUGAUGAUUUAGUUUGUCAAGGGAGCAGAUCCAUCCACCCGGGCUCUAUGUGGUGAAGGCAACUUGGCUCUAAACAUGAUAACUGGUUCUAACAGCCUAGAAGACGGGACAAAAUGUCCACUGAGGUGAAGCAGGAGCGGCCUGUUUAAGGUCAAGGUCAGGCAUUCUCCUUCAGGAUGUUCUGGUUCCAUCAGUUACAGCAAGAGGUCCAGAUCCUGAAGCAGCAGCGUGACCCCAGACCAUCACACUACCACCACCAUGUCAGACGGUUGGUGUAGUUUUAAUGUUAGUUUGACUCCAAAUGGAACAUGGACACACACCAUCCAAAACAUUUGACUUUUGUGCUUUUUUUCCUUUUCUUUUUGUUUGUGCCUUUACACAGCACUGUCCUUAAUAGCACACACUAGACAUUUACUGCAUAUAUUAAAAAAAUCGAUUGUUUUUAUGUAUAAUAUUUUAACAAUUGGGUGUAGAUUUAAACUUUUACAUAGAUACUGGCAGAUUUAUCCUGGCAGCUUGAUCGUGAAGCUCUGUUUUGCUUAAACACGUUAAAUAUUAAACCCAUUUUCUUCUCAACCACUUUUGGGAUUUACCGUUUACCAGUAGGCAAGAAAUGUUCCAGUCCUGUUUUGUAGGAAGUGUGCUGGAGCUCUCAUAUGACUGUCAGAGAUAACAACAGCUCCAAUCACCUGUCAAAUUUUAGUUGAGUGCUCAUCAAAAGAAAAUAGUUGCCAUUAAGGUUGUCUGACCGUUUAAGGGGGGCUGAGAGCGUUUUGUGCCCUCAGUCAACUGGAAUUAGAAGUUUACAUUUUUUUCUGAGUAGCUGUGCUUAUGGUGUGAUUUGGACAUGUUCACUGUUGGCUUAGCGCUGAAUUGCUGACCCUAAAACAACUUUGUGUCAGUAAUGGUGUUAAAAGUAGAGUUCCCAUUGUAGAUAAAAGACAACUGGUUAGUAAGACUGACUGAGUCACUCAGGUGUAAUUUUAAGUGUUGUAAAAUAAGAUGUUUUGAUCGUUGUGAGUUAAGAGGUCAUUCAUCUCAUUUUAUUUCACCUUCUGAAAGCUGCACAACCCAUCAUCUCCCCAAACACCAUGCAGAAGUUAAUAUGAAAACAGCACACCAUCACCGGCCAUGUGAAAUGAUGCAUCAUUGGUUAUGUUAAGAUGGUCAUGAAGGUUGUGCUCUGAGAACUUCACGCAGCAUUUAGACUAAUCAUCCUUUGCGUGUGCAAAGUUAAAGAUGAAGCAAAACAAAAAGGCAUGAGUCAACAAAGCAAGGCUGUUCCUCUGUCAUAAUUAAACUCUCUGCUCCUGACAUCAGAGUCAUCCUGCUGUGGAAACCUUGCCUGUUGUAUUGUAAUGCAGGGAUGAUCACUUUUCCUAAACAUUCAUUUCUAAUGCAUUUCAUCUGAGUUGAUUCAACAAAAGGAAGUCACACACUCCACCAGGUCGAACAACAUUUUAAUGAAUCUGAUGCUGACGUCCUUUGUGGUCGGAUAAUGUAACUGUGUCUCUCCAAUUGUUUUGCUGCUUUGCCAUUACAGGUUUAAUUAAGCUAAUGAGGCAACGAGUGUUUCUCAGGGGUAGCUUUGAGAAAAAAAUGACCCCCCCACACACACACACAUACACACACCUCCCUCUCCUCUCUCCCAAAACAGCAAACACUAUAAAAGACAUGCGAUGUUGAGAAUCACACAAAGGAGCUCUGAGCAGCCAUAAAACCAGGCACAGUUUUCACCGGUCUAAGGAUUACUUUUAUUUCUUAUGUUUUAAUUGAAAGUUUUAACUAGCAGUGAGUGGUAGUUAAAAGAGUUCAUUCCAAUAUAAAUCUUCUGUUUCUGCUCUUUGGGGGAAUAGUUUUUUCAUUCAGAUUUAACUUCCUUUUGAUUCUCCGACGCUGUGAUGUCUGCAAGUGCUCUGGCUCUCUGCCUGCUUCUUUGUGCCUUCUCUGGCUUAAAUGCAUAUCCGCUCAAGCCCACCAGUCCCCGGGAAGGAGCACCACCCGAGGAGCUUGCCAAGUACUAUUCUGCUCUCAGGCAUUACAUCAAUCUUAUCACAAGGCAAAGGUAUGGAAAAAGAGACAAUCCAGACACUGUAUUUUCUGACCUACGUGUGAAACAGAGCACAGACAGUGUUCCAGGGCCCAGCUACAUCAAAUAUGAAGGGCUGCCAGGCUGGUGAUGCUGCUGGACAUUACACCUUCAGAUCAACUUCAAAGUGACUCCCGUGUCUCUUAUUGACAUGAAAUUAACGUGUGCUGCAUGAAAUAAACAUUGUUCACAAAAA